AUGUUCGGCAAGAUGGACCGUGAUCAGGGGCUGCUAAUUGCCCUCAAAUUCGUCCGCAUGGUUGCCUACGGCCAGACCACCAUGGUGCUUGUGCCGUUCUUGUUGAAUAUCAAAGCUUCUGAUCAGCAGAUCGGCUGGUUCAUGGCAUUAACUUUAUUCGGAGAUGUUGCCCUGUCCGCUGUGGUCACGGCAAUUGCCGACCGUUGGGGACGGCGGCGGAUGCUGGUUGCAGGCUCUGCAGCCAUGAUAGUAUCUGGCCUAGUGUUUGCAGCCUGUGAAAACUUUUGGAUUCUACUGCUUGCAGCCAUUGUAGGUGUGAUUUCUCCUAGCGGCGACGAGGUAGGCCCGUUCAGAGCCAUCGAAGAGUCGACCCUCGCCCAUCUCACCGUCUACCAUCACCGUCCCAGAAUAUAUGCAUGGCAGAAUUUAUUUGGUACUUUGGGCUUGGCGUUUGGUGCCUUGACGGCUGGUUUUCUUGAGGAGUAUGUUUCAAACAAAACAGGUAGCGCGACAAAGGCGUAUCAGGUUAUGUUUCAGCUAUACUCUGUUUUAGCAGCCGUCUGUUUGGUUUUGAAUGCGCUGUUAAGCGUCGAAGCUGAACUCAAAGACGAGCCGCCUCAAGAAGAAGCCCAGCCAGUCCCGGAGACUGAAGAGGCCCCUCUGAUUCACCCUCAGGAGCAGGCCCUGCAAGAUGCUGCCCGUCCCAAGGUUACUUUAACCUUCAGUUUGAGUUUCCUGUUUGGAAUUGACUCUCUGGCCUACGGAUUUAUGACCAACUCUUGGGUCGUAGAGUAUAUGGAGCGGACAUUCAAAACGAGCCCAAGAAUUGUAGGGCAGUUCUUUUUUGUCGGCUGCUUUAUUGCAGCCAUGACAUCCCUGCCCUCUGCAGCACUAACCCACCGCAUUGGGCCUGUGCUGGCAAUUGUAUUAACUAAAAUUGGUGCUGCGUCAUUUGCCGGCAUCGUUCCUCUUGCUAGGGUCGACUACACUGCAAUGGGAUUUUUGCUUCUCCGCUCACUUUUCGAUACAAUGGACGUGGUGCCCCGCCAGGUGUUCAUAACAUCCAUUGUAUCUAGCGGGCAACGCACUCAGGUUCUCGGGCAGGUAAACGUUAUUAAGACCCUCGCCCGAAGCGUCGGCCCGAUUUUUACCGGGAUUCUUGCUGGCCAAGGCUAUUUAUGGACAUGCUUUGUUAUUUUGGCGGCUCUUGAGUAUGUGUUUGCAGGGCUAAUUCUCGAAUGCUUCUUCCAGAAGACGCGCAACCACGCGCCGGUGCCUUAA